CUCCUCCUCAGUCUGUCUCUCUCCGCCUCAAUUUCUCUCUCCCUUCCUUCUCCAAUAAAUUUUCAUAUGAAAAACCCCUCACAAAUGCGCCUCAACCUCCAAUCCAAAAUUUCUCCGUCUUUGAAAACAGAAAAAUUUAAAACGACCUAAUUUUCAUCAAAGCCUGAAAGCCCUAUUCAAUCUAAUCCCUACCUUUCUACCCACAUUUUUUCUGGGUAUUCUUUUUCUUCUCCUCCUUCGCCGAGCUUCUACUUCUUCCCCAUUUUCUGAUUUGCCGACACUACCAAUAGUUGGUUUCCUCAGUUCCUCUAGGUUACCAAAAUCCCAUCCCAAUCCCCCAAUUCUCCCCUAGUUUUUCUAGGGUUUCAUCCCUGUUCAUCAGAUUGGGGAUUUGAUAUUUUAUGUUUUGGUUUUUGUUUUUAUACUGGGUAGGGUUCUAAUUUAUGAUCUUCCUUCCCUGAAUACCAAAUUGGUUAGUGUUUCUGCAGCACAUGAAAAAUUCCUAUCUGGGUUGUAUUCCUUUGUAUUUUUUGGAGAAAGGGUUUACCUUUGAGCAAAGAUUUUCAUUUUUUUGUACUUUUGUAAUUAGUUGUUGCCAUUGAUUUUUGGGAUUGGGAAAGAAGUUAGCUCUUUUUUUUUUUUUUUUUAAUUCUGGUGGUUUUGGGAUUUUUGGGUAUAGGGAAGAGUUAUUGUUUGGUGUGGAAGUGAAGGGAAAGCUUAGGCUUGCAUGGGCGAACUUGAGGGGUGGGCAGAGCCACCAAGUGGGCUGUUGCCGAAUGGCCUAUUGCCCAAUGAAGCUGCCUCGGUGAUGCGAGUGCUCGACUCAGAGCGAUGGUUGAAGGCGGAGGAGAGAACUGCAGAGCUUAUUGCCUGCAUUCAGCCCAAUUCACCAUCCGAAGAGCGCCGAAAUGCUGUUGCCGAUUAUGUGCAGCGGCUCAUCAUGAAGUGCUUCCCCUGCCAGGUGUUCACUUUUGGGUCUGUACCCCUCAAGACUUAUUUGCCUGAUGGAGAUAUUGACCUGACAGCCUUCAGUAAGAGUCCAAAUAUGAAGGACACAUGGGCCCAUCAAGUUCGUGAUAUGCUUCAGAAUGAGGAGAAGAACGAGAAUGCUGAAUUCCGCGUGAAAGAGGUUCAGUACAUUCAGGCAGAAGUUAAGAUAAUCAAGUGCCUUGUGGAAAACAUUGUUGUAGACAUAUCAUUCAAUCAGCUCGGGGGCUUGUGCACCCUUUGUUUCCUUGAGGAGGUUGAUCAUUUGAUAAAUCAGAAUCAUUUGUUCAAGCGCAGUAUCAUACUGAUAAAGGCCUGGUGUUAUUAUGAGAGCCGAAUACUGGGCGCUCAUCAUGGGCUUAUCUCAACUUACGCAUUGGAAACUUUGGUUUUGUACAUAUUUCACGUUUUCAACAACUCUUUUUCUGGACCACUUGAGGUCCUGUAUCGUUUUCUGGAGUUUUUCAGUAAAUUUGACUGGGAUAAUUUUUGUGUUAGCCUAUGGGGUCCUGUACCCAUUGGUUCACUUCCAGAUGUAUCUGCGGAACCUCCUCGAAAAGAUGGUGGAGAGUUACUGCUGAGCAAAUUGUUUCUUGAUGCCUGUAGCUCAGUGUAUGCCGUCUUCCCUGGUGGUCAAGAAAAUCAGGGCCAACCUUUUGUUUCCAAACAUUUUAACGUUAUUGACCCUUUGCGAAUUAACAACAACCUGGGACGUAGUGUUAGUAAAGGUAAUUUCUUUAGGAUACGCAGUGCAUUUGCGUUUGGGGCUAAAAGGCUGGCCAGAUUGCUGGAUUGUGCCAUAGAGGAUCUAUUUUCCGAAGUAAAUCAGUUUUUUCUAAACACUUGGGACAGACAUGGGAGUGGUCAUCGACCUGAUGCACCGCGAAAUGAUUUGAGGCGCUUGAGACCUUUAAAUCCAGACCAAUUACAUGGAUCGGAGAAUCUUAGGAAUAUUUCAAGCAACCGAAAAAAGGAAAGUUCCUCUGGUCGGGAUACUCAAGGUGAGAGAAUGCAUGGCUUCAUUAAUGUUCCCUCCCAGCAUGCUAGUCAUCGUUUAGAAAGCACCUCCGGUAACGGUAGUGUAUCUACAGUAACUCAUCCUCAAACUCAAAGGAUUCAUGGGAACACAAACCUCACUAGAUCCUCUGAUAUGAUUAGAAAGGAAACGAAUUCCGACCUGGGUGCACACAUUGAUAAAGGUCAGAGAAGUGCUAAACCUGAUAACUGGGUGAAUGACUUACAAGGGAGGUUUCUUUUUGCAAGGACACGCUCUAGUCCUGAGCUUACUGAUACAUAUGGUGAAGUUUCCACUCAAAGUAGGGGCAAAGCCCCAGAGAGUGGGAAAGGUCAAACUUCAGCAAGGUUGGAUAAUAGCAGGAGGAAAAACUUGGAUUCUGAUAGUAUGGCAAGCCACAGAAAUAGAUCAACUGAUGAUCCUUCAUCUGCUAGAUCCAUCUCAUCCCGCCAAAGUCUUGAUGCUGCCGUUGAUUCAAAUAACUACCUUGAUGAGUCAGGCAUGAGUGUCGUUGCUGACAAUUAUGCUUCUGUUUUGGGGACACAAGGGAUGCACCAAGAGGAGCAAGAUCUUGUUAACAUGAUGGCAUCUUCUGCAGCUCAUGGUUUUAAUGGGCAGGUUCAUCUUCCACUCAAUUUGGCUUCCGGUCACCUACCGCUUCCGAUCCCACCUGCCAUUCUUGCUUCUAUGGGAUAUGCUCAGAGAAAUAUGGGUGGAAUGGUUCCUACAAAUUUCCCCUUGAUGGAGACUCCUUGGGGCACAAAUAUGCAAUUUCCCCAAGGUGUUGUUCCGCCGUCACUGGCCCCUUAUUUCCCUGGCAUGGGGUUGACCUCAAAUCCUGAAGAUUCAGUGGAACCUGGUAAUGAAAAUUUUGGAUCUGUGGAAAUGAACUCAGGUGAAACGGAGCAUGAUUUCUGGCAUCAGCAAGAGAGGGGAUCUACUGGUGGGUUUGAUCUUGAUAAUGGAAGUUAUGAAAUGCUUCAGGAAUUUGAUAAGCAACAGUCAACCUCAGCUGGUUAUAACUUUCAUCCAUCAUCUCGCGUAGGCUCCUCCGGAAAUUCUGUGCGAGCUCAACUGAAGUCUACCAAAGAAAAUCAUGAGUCAACAAGAGGGGAAGAGCAUGUGAAUAAUUUUCAGUACCAAGAUAAAAGAGGUAAUGAGGUUUACUUUGAUGAUCGAAGUGUGAGUUCUAGAUCUGCCACGCAUGCAAGUUCAGUGAGAAGUAAAACCUCCUCUGAGAGUUCUUGGGAAGGAUCAUCAGCAAAGGUCUCAAAGUCAACAAGGGAAAAACGUGGUAGGCGAAGUGCUCUUUCAGCAGUGCCAUCUACUGCAUAUGGGAAAGGUAAGAAUGUGUCCGAACAUUCGUCUACCCAGGCAGAUGAUGACAACAGAGAUUGGAAUUCAUCACCUACAGCUUUAGGUGCUGAAAUGGUAGAAAGAAGCACAGGACCUCAACCUGUUGCGCCUUUCCAUUUUCCAGGGCAUCAAAUGGCCGGUUUUGAACAAACUCAGACGAGUGGAUCAGAUUCAAUGGUACCUUUUGCUCCAUUGCUCUUAGGUCCUGGCUCACGACAGAAAGCUACAAAUGAUUCUGGAAUGUUUACAUUUUAUCCUACGGGGCCUCCGGUUCCAUUUGUUACAAUGCUUCCUUUUAAUUAUUUCUCGUCAGAAACGGGAACUUCAGAUGUAUCAACAAGCCAAUUUAGCAGAGAAGAGGGACCAGAUAAUAGUGAUUCUGGUCAAAAUUUUGAUUCAUCUGAGGGAGCUGAUCAGCCUAUUGAGCCAUCAGAGCAUAAGUCUGACAUUCUUCACAGCGACUUCGCUAGCCAUUGGCAGAAUUUGCAAUACGGACGGUUUUGCCAAACUUCUCGGCACCCUUCACCUGUGGUUUAUCCUUCACCAGUUAUGAUGCCCCCUGGUUACUUACAAGGAAGAUUUCCUUGGGAUGGUCCUGGGAGACCUCUUUCAGCCAACAUGAAUCUCUUCACUCAGCUUAUGGGUUAUGGACCUAGAAUGGUUCCUGUUGCUCCUCUUCAGUCUGUUCCUAACAGGCCUGCCGGUGUUUACCAACGCUAUGCAGAGGAGAUUCCAAGAUAUCGUGCUGGGACUGGGACAUACCUGCCAAAUCCCAAGGUUUCUGUACGGGACCGGCCUUCAAAUACGAGAAGGGGGAAUUACAAUUAUGAUAGAAAUGACCACCAUGGUGACAGAGAAGGGAACUGGAAUGCCAAUUCAAAGUCACGAGCUUCUGGGCGCAACCACAGUCGCGGUCAAGCUGAGAAGCCAAAUUCCAGAGUAAACCGUUUGGCAGCCAGUGAGAGCCGAGCUGAAAGGUCAUGGAGUUCACAUAGGCAGGACUCAUUCCAGUCAUAUCAAUCUCAAAAUGGUCCUAUCCGCACAAACACUACACAGAGUGGUUCGACCAAUGUUGCAUAUGGCAUGUAUCCGGUACCAACCAUGAACCCCAGUGGGGUAUCUUCGAAUGGACCUUCCAUGCCACCUGUUGUCAUGCUAUAUCAUUAUGAUCAUAAUGCUGGCUACGGGCCACCUGCAGAACAACUUGAGUUUGGUUCUCUUGGACCGGUGGGAUUCUCAGGUUUGAAUGAAGCACAGCUAAAUGAAGGGAGCCAGAUGAGUGGGGUAUUUGAGGAACAAAGGUUUCAUGGUGGCUCUACUCAACGAUCUUCACCUGAUCAGCCUUCUUCACCCCACCUCCAAAGAUAGUUGGUUCAAGUAUCUCCCUUUUUCUGUUUGGGGAAGGAGGUCGUUCAGGGUUAACCAUGGCAGUGUCUCGUGGCCAACUAUUCUGAAGAUUUUAUUCGGAGCAAUUUCCUUUUCAUUUUGUUAUUCUCGACCUAUCACUUCACUGGGAUUGUAUUGCGAUGCUUUCCAUUAUCUUAACAGGGGAGUUUGAUCAUUUUACCAGAUUAGUGGCCCAGGGGGGAUUAUGAGAUGAAAGGUGAGGAGUUUCUGCCUUUAGCAUUAACCGAACAGUGAGGGGAUGAUGACGGUAGAAACUUACAAUGACAGUCCCUCGCAGCACCGAGGGUUCCCUGCUCUUGCCCCAUUCUUAAGAGGGGAAGGAAUUAGACUAUUUCAUUCCGUGAUUCUUGGUAUCUUCUUGAUCACACCAUGCCUGCUUUGAGUUCUUAUGUACACUAGAUAGUAAUUUACUCACUCAAUUUUCGUCAAGAACAAGAUCGGUGGUAAAAUGAUGGUGAUGUGAUGGUGAGGAGGUGGGACUCUGCGGCUUUAUUGUUCGUUUUAGGGUUAGGCACGUUGUAACUCUACUGAAGUAGAAACUUGGGUUUAGGUUCAGAGUUUAGGAUUUUACUGUUAGGAAACUGUUCUACCAGGAAUCUCAUGCACACAAUGUAUUAGGGUUUUUGGAUAAGAAUACGUGUACCAUUUCUCUUUGAUGUACUCUGUAAGACUUUCUACAGUGUAGCAAUAACACCACCAUAGAUGAAAUUGAAACAUUUUCGGUUUCGCUGACGGUUGCUUUUA